CACACACACACACACACACACACACACCUGCUAAAGGGCACUUCUUUACCCUGGAUUCUUCAGAGAUGGAACAGAGAUAGAAGACGGCUCAUGGCUCAUGUCUGUCCCGGACACAGGGGGGAAAGAAGACUAAAAGAUGUGUUUUUGUCCCAAUUCUGAUGAAAAAUUGCUCUGAAUAUCUGUGGAGUCCUGUGAGGGAAAUCAAAACUACUAGUCUUUGUUUUUUUUUUUCCUUGAACUCUGCUAUGGAUCUGGAUUUGUGGCCUCUAAGAGCACUUUUCCUGCUUGUCUGGUGUUCAGGCUUCUGUUGCAAUGGUUGCAAUAUGACAAAGGUGUAUUUUGAUUCCCGCAAUUUUCACACCAGGGUCCGCUGGGAUGAAGUGAAAAUCCCAGGCCAAGAAGUUCGCUAUAGCGUCAGAUUUCACGUAUAUGGAGAGCGAUACAAGCUGAUGAUUGGAUGCCAGAAUAUCUCUGAACCUAUCUGUGAUCUCAGUUCUGUGAUGACGGACAUUCGCGCUAAAUAUUUUGUCAAGAUCAUGGCGGAUGAGUUAUGCCUCGGCGAAUACACACACUUCAUCCCCUUAGAAAAAACUUCUCUGGAAGCUCCAAAGCUGUCCGUGAUAACGGUAGGGUCCUCUCUCACCGUAACACUCACAACUCCCAUGGGGCCUUGGAACCACUCAAUUAGGGAGAUCAGCUGUUGGGAAAGGUGCCAGGAUUCUGGGAAAUCAUCUGUUAACUACAUUGUCAGUCUCACACACCCAGAGUCUGAAGCUAGAAAGGUGUUUCAGAACACGUCUGGCAUGAUUACACUGAGUCAUCUACACGUGAACACGGAGUACUGUGGCAUUGUGUUGUAUGAGCUCACCCAUCCCUCCAUAAAACGACAGAGUGAAAACACCACCUUCUGUGUGACUUUGCCAGCUGCAGACAAGCCCUGGAUUCCUGUAUUCAUCAUCUCUGCAUUAGUAGCUCUUUUCCUCUUGAUCACCUUGGCGUGGAUUUUGUGCCAGCAGCACGUCACAAGGAAGAGGAACCUGCCCAAGGCGUUGCACAUCAUGUCGAUGAACACCACUCCUAAUUUCAACCCAGAUCCUAAAGUGGAGAUAACCACUGUGAUGGUAUACACUAAACCUCCAUGGAAUACUGUCAAGUCUGAUCUAGCCUUACCUGAUUCCUUACCUGAGUCAAAAGCUGUGAGCAAUGCAGGUUACGCAGCCCAGGACUACCAUGACCAAGAUUGGCACUGUCAUUCUUACACUAAUGAACAGGUGGCACCAGUUAGUGACCGGAGUGCUGAAUCCUGCACCAGUUAUAGCAUGGUGGUGGGUGUGAUGGUACCCCAGGAUCGAGAGGAGUUGUCCAGUUGUGCUAACGACAGUGGGUUAGGAGACUCCAUCAGCCCUGGAUUGUCCUCUUGCACAGAAGAGGAUCUAUUCCAGGUCAUAUCUAAUGCAGAACCAGAAGAAGACCUGGACAUGAUAGAGCCAGACUCCACCAGUGAGCUUUUGGUGCUGCCAGUGUCACGGGGCACCAAUGGGAUACUGCAGUUCUCCAGCUUAGCAUUCCAUCCUCUGGCUUCAACUGUAAACCACAGCUCAGAGAUUGUGCCUCUUGUGGCAAGGUCAACAACAGCUGGAGAGAGGACUCUUUUGUUGACAGAUCUUGUCUCCAUGGAUGACUUACACUGGACAGACAAUGAAACAAGUUCUGAUUACAGGAAAGCCUACCUACCAAACGGGGUGCCUCAGAGCUGCUCGGAGUUACCCUCUAGUAAAACUAUUUCCACAAUUCUGUUAUCUGACUCUACAUCCAACUAUAGAGAAAACUGGGUACCGGGAAUCCUACCAGAUCCCCUGCCAAAUGACAGGAACUGCAUUGUGAGUGACAAUCAGCUACAUGAAUUGGCUGAACCAGAAGAGGGUGUAGGUGAAUCACCAUCAGCAACCUUUUUAGGUGGAUGGAUGGUGCAAAUCCAAGGAUAGUAUCUUUUUUUUCUUAAGCAUUGGCUCUGACUCUUAGUGCUGGCUUAAAAAGAAUUAUUUAGCCAUCCACAAUCAUGUUGUUAAUGAAGAAUGAAAACCACUCACUAGGCAAUGGCUAUAUUUAAAAAACAUAACUUUUGGUCAGGUAUGAGUAGCAGAUGUUAGGUAGGAAUUGGACUUCAGGAAGGGUGAAGGAGACUGAAACAACUCUUGAGUGCUUGCUAAUGAGGAGAGAACAUUUCCCAUAUGUCUCAUGUCUCAUAUCUAUGGCCUUUGUAGUGGUACUCACAGCUAAGCCUGUAGGAUUACAGCAUCACACCAUUUGGUGUUUAAGAUGCUCCAGCACUUGUACCACACAUCUCAGCUAAAGUUCAUUAGCCAACUGUCAAACAGUUGAAGAAGAUGUGUUAAACUUUAGUAACACUAAGCAGUGUAGUGAAGUAACACUUGUGUGGAAUGUGAUGGAACAGUGGAAACUGGUUUACUUUUUGCACCAAAUACAUUGUUUAGGUUUUGCAGUUUGACUCUAUAGCCAAAAGUUUGGGGACACCUAGCCCUCAAUACCCAUAUGUGCUCUCCCUUUAACUUUAUCUGCCCCUAUAACAGCCUCCACUCUGGGAGUGGGAAGGCUUUCUACCCAUUCAGCUACAAGUGCAUUAGUGAGGUAAGACACAGAGGUGAACACAGCUGGUGUACAGUCAGCAUUCCAAUUCAUCCCAUAGGUGUUCAGUGGGGUUGAGGUCAGGGCUCUGUGCAGGCCACUCGAGUUCUUCCACUCCAACCUUGGCAAAGCAUAUCUUUGCUUUGUGCACAGCAGCAUUGUCAUGCUGGAAGAGGUUUGGGCCCCUUAGUCCCAGCGAUAGGAAAACGUAAUGCUACAGCAUACAAAGACAUUCUAGACAAUUGUAUGUUUUGUGGCAAUAGUUAGGGGAAGGCUCACAUAUGGGUGUGAUGGUCAGGUGUUCACAUACUUUUGGCCAUAUGGUGUAGCUCAGGUAGCAGCCAAACAUCUAGCCAACAUAACUUAACUAACUAACUAGGAAGAUGUUAUGAGAAUGUGUUUUUUAUGUGUUUAUUUAUUUCCUGUUUUGACAUGGCAGAAGUCAUUUGCUGACUGUAAAUUAGCACUGUGUUUCCUGGCGAAACAAUGCCGAAAGCUAAUCAGGUGAAAGUGAGAACAUUGGUGUAUGAGAAUGGAAUGAGCAUACAACAAAAAAUGAUGAUGUAGUAGUGACGACGUCAUAAUUAGCCAACAUGUUGGAUGGUUGUUAAGACAUAAAUUGUAUACAUUAUUCUAAAGUUUACUGUGUCAUUUGGCUGUACAUGUCUGUGGCAUUACAAAUUACCUACAUUAUCUCAAACGAAUGUCAUGAGCCAGUUAUGAUAAUGGUUAGGAACUCUGAUUGUAGUCACAUUUCUGGAAUUCAAAUGAGCUUCAGAUGAUUUUUCACCUGACUUCCAGUAAAGACUUGCAGAGAUCAAGCCAUUAUCAAGAGGUUUUUUUUUUUUUAAUUUAGCUAACUCUCUGAUUAGAAUCAUGAUUGUUAUCAGGAAUUUUUUUAAGUCAGUGUUUUAGAACUUCUCUAAAAAACAAUUUCAACCAGUCACUGUAAGCUUCACUUACUUAUACCUCAUAGCUGCAGUGCAAAACUAAAGAUAUUUUGCAUUGCAAACUUCAAACACUAAAUGUUGUGUUUAGAAAUUAAUUACUAUUCUUUUUUUUGUUGUUCUUUUUUUUGCUUACGUACUAGUUUAAGUAUCACUGAAGAAGCAUUUCUAAUUGAUUUCAUUUCUAGAGCAUCUACAUAUGAAGUGGGAAAAUAAAACAUGACUGAUAGACUCGUUUACUGUUUGUGUUUGAUUCACCUGUAACUUUGUGUUUUGUUGUACCAGUGUUGUGUUAUUCAGCAACAUUCUACACAUAACCUGUUGCAUAUACAGUUUUCUUUGUUAAUCUUUGUCUAUGGAAUAAUACUUACGCUGAAAUAUUAUUGUCACAUGCUGAUGUGUUGGGAACUCCCAUCUCAGACAAAGCAGCUAGAGUUUCUCAGGCUUUGGGUGUGGAUGAUCCUUUGGGAGGCUUGCUGUGUUUUCCAUCUAUGAGCACAGAGCACAACUUCAACCACACUAAUUCAAAUUUAAACAUAAUAAAAUGGACAAAAGCGU